AUGUCGCUUUUCAGAACUUUACAAUCGUCACCAGCAACCGUUACCCUUUUCCACAAUAGCAAAAUCCCAUUAUCCAACGAAUUGUACAAAAUCUUAAACAAGACCUACGAUUCUUUACCCGAAAAGCCAAAGUAUGAUUUCCAAAUUGAUUUAAUGCAAAACAAGAUGCCUACUUAUGAGCAGUACCAAAUUUUCGUCAACAAAUUCCUCAAGACCGACCAGGCUAAAAAUACGUUGCAUGAGAGUUUCCCCUUUUUGAACGAGAGACUGACAGAUUUGCUUGACUCGCAUGGCAAGAAGGUAACCAUCAAGGGCAUUGACUGGUCCAACAAGGUGUUUUCUCAAUCAGAGUAUCAGAAGAUCUACGACACUUUUAACAAGUUGGUGGAGAAUGAGAAAGACCAUUCGGUGGAUACAAACCCAGCCCAGAUUUUUAAAGCGCCUUUAGUGGUUGAUUGGGACCAGGACUUGUUGGCCGGAGACCACGAGACAUUGAAAGCAUUGUUGGCAAAAUACGUUGAACAAUAG